AUGUCUUACCCUUAUUACCAGCCAAAUCCAAAUGGAUCCGGGGGAACCAACCAAUUCCAAUUUGGCCCUCCUCCCUCAAUUCGGUUUCAACCACAGCCUUCUUGGGGAGGAAUUGAUUAUUUCAGAGCCUACGCACCACAUAUCGACCCUACGAUCUUUCAUCAGGUCUAUAGGAACAUAUCUGGUGCAGGCAUGGGCACACCUCACGUGGGUGUGGGGAUCAAUGAGGCUCGCGUAUGUCACCGACGGGCAUAUGGUGGUCUCGGUGCAAUCAAUGCGCUGACUCCCCAGGAAAUUGGAUAUGCCUCGGCAUACGAGGCGUACCGAGUCUGGAUCCAUAACACUGUGCUUUAUGCGUCUCUCGGCGCAGAACGUGAAUACCAGAGAGAAGCGUUCAUAGGACUUGCCGUUGCGGAAGCCAGCAGGAUGUACAUGAUCUCACGUCCGGCUGACGCGUACGGUUGUGUACCAGCAUGUGAAGCAGCAGCUGCAACUGCAUGGCUUAUAUUUGAUCGAGUCAGUAUCCGAAUAUUUGAUCAUCUAAACAACUAUAAUUUGACGGGUUCCGUCGGAAGUGAUAUGUAUCCCGGGAUGGGGUACGAUACUGGAAUGGAUACUGGCACAUAUGACUCAGGAUUCGGAACGCCCGAGAUAGCAGGUGCUGGCAUGGCAGGCGGGACUGACCCAUAUGCAAUCGACUACGAGGCUCCAUACUUCCAUCAGAGGAUGGGGAGGCACAGGCGGUUCUCGAAUCCUGGAGGUACAUAUGGCGCUGGAGGAGCACAUAGCCCUGGAGCGGAAAUGGGUAGGGGCGGGAUGGUGGGCUCGCCUUACUUGGGCACUACCGCUGGGAUGGGCAUGGGGGCGAGCCCUGUGAUGUAUAGUGGUAGCAGUGGUGGUGGGAGCCCCCUAUCGAGUGGAAAUAGAAUGAGAGCUACAGGGAUGUAUGGAGGUUCUUACCCUGGCUAUGGUGAUGAGUCCCCUAUGUAUGGAGGAGCAUCUCUGGCACACGCGUCACCCAUGUACGGCUCGUCUCCGGCAUACACUGACACACGAAACGUCACAACUGUGUCCGCCUAUCCAGGCAUGGCGACUGUCAUCGAGUUGCCUCGAAGACAUCACAGGUCAUCUAGCAGACAUCAUCAUCGAGACCACCACAGGCGGGCACGAAGCGCCGAGCCCGUUUUCAUCACGAAGGCAGUGGACAUCCCUGGAAGAGCAGGAGGAGGACUGGCACAAAGUGCGAUGGUUUAUACAGGAGGAGCGAUGGGAGGCUCCUCCGGCGCGUAUGGUCCCACGUGGGCCGGUGGUUCCUCUGGUAGCCCUAACAUGAACUACGGUUACCCGGGAUAUGGAGGGGCCUAUCGAUACUAA